GAUUCUAAUUAGAAUCAUUGCCCUUGAUACCAAAAUAAAAAAAAUAGAAAGAAUCAUUGCCCAUUUAUGUGAUCAGUGAUCACCACAAAGAUUCAAUGAGCAUUUUUUCCCCGUUCAUGUGUCUGGUGCGGUGAAAAAUAAAAGUGAAAAAUAAACGUACAGAACCGGGAAGCUCUGUUUGAUCAGAUGGGUUUGGUCUAACAGGUAAAAAUAAAAAUUGGCGGAUAAAGGAAAAAUUGGGCUAUGGCCCAAGACAAUAGGCGGGUAAAGGAUAAGGCAGGCCCAUUUAAACCAUUUCAUCGGAAAUCACAAAUCAGAGGAGGAGGAGACGAAGAAGAACGAGCCCUAGUUUCCGAUUCCGACCAUGUCGCAGCCGAAUCUUCUGAGAUACGUCAUCGAGCAGGCAACUCGCGGAGGGAAAUCUGUUGUGUCUCGACGCAAUUUCUCUUCUUCGCAUUGUAAAUUUGAUGAGAGAGAAAGGUCUGUUCUCAUGUAUAAGAUGAAAUCGUCGACAAAUAGACGUCGUUUAUUGGCUUUUUUAGUGGCUACCUCUCUGAGCUUCCAUCUUUGGGAAUUUACCAAGAAGCAAAAUGCUCGGCAUGAGGCCAAGAAGGUGCAGCUGGAUCCGAAGAAUUAAAUCAGAUCACUAAAUGGCCUUUGAUUUUUGUUCAAAUAUUGAUUGAUGAUUCUUUUUGUUUUAUAUCCAACAUAACUAAUGAUAUAUUCAUAGCAAGUUUUAAACUCUCCCAGUAAGGAACCAUUUUGCUGCAGAUAUUUUAGAAUUAGUUUACUUUGUUGUAAGUGAGACACAUUCAUUGAACAAAAAUGGGGUCAAGUAAUGUUCCAAUUCAUCAUCA